AUGGCAAGGAAAUGCACGUAUUGUGGGAAUUCUGGUCACAAUUCAAGGACUUGCAACCACAGUUUCAGUAGUACCACAGGGGGGUGUAGUGGACUAAAGCUCUUUGGGGUACAACUUGAUGAUAAUCAAUAUUAUUCUUCUUCUUCAUGCAUGGACUACCUGCUAUCCUUAUCUGCUGCUGCUUCUUUAUCAUCGUCGCUUGUAGGUGCAAAUAAAAAUUCACAUGAAAUAUCUUAUUCUUACUUAACCUCCGGUGCCAGCAGUAGUGGUCUUAUGUCAACGAUCAAAGACAAUAACAAAGGAUUGGCAUGGAGUGAGGAGGAGCACCGUAUAUUCCUAGAGGGGAUGGAGAAGCUGGGGAAGGGUAACUGGAGAGGCAUAUCCAGAUGUUUUGUGAGAACCAGAACACCCACUCAAGUGGCCAGCCAUGCACAAAAGUAUUUUCUCCGUCAGACUCGCCGGCGGAACACUUUCAGAUCAAGAAAACACCGCCUCACCCUAGCAAAUGAGGGCACUAGGAAUAGCGAUGCCGUUGUUCUAUCUCACUGGCUUGCCUCUGCAACUUCAACAAAUUGCACCUCAAUUCAAGGCGCAGCAGCUCCUGAUUUAGAAUUGAAACUUGCAACUCCCUCUCCCUCCCUCUAA